AUGGUCGUCAGUGCAAGUACAAAUACAGCAUGGAUCACAGGAAAAAUGGUCGCAGACAGCAUGGAGCAGGACACAGGAAACAUCAGAAGCAGUGCCUGUGACCCCUGCCCCAAGGGAUGGACAUUAGUUGGUUCCAAAUGCUACUAUUUUCAAAAAACUCUAGAAACUUGGGAGAGAAGUCGGGAAGAAUGCACUAAGAGUUACAGCAUUCUUCUGAUCCUGGACAACAAGGCUGAAUUGGACUCUCUGCUGCCCUUCCUGGAAGGAGAUAAAUACUGGGUAGGACUACGACGGGACAGCAAGGGCAGCAGUCGCUGGCGGUGGGUAGAUGGGACCCCUCUCAUGUUCAGUGUGUGGAAUAAAGGGGAACCCAACAACGCAGGAGGUGAUGAAGACUGCACAGAGAUUCUGAAAGACGCUCGGUCAUUGAAUGACGCUCGUUGUGACAAUAAGAAACUUUCCGUAUGCAAAGCUCCAACAAAGUGCUGA